AGUUGUGUGAACGGAACUUUAUAAGUACGACGCACAUUUUUACUCUAGUCUUUCCGUCGAGUCUUUUUCUUGUACUUACGUCAUGGAAUCACGCGUGUAUUGGCUUUUUGUGAUAUGUUAUGUGGCUUGCAUUAUACGCAAAAAUGCACUCGGUGUAUCAACUUCCGUAAAAGUUUUCACGUCGAUUAAUAACGCCUCUCAAUCGGAGAGAGAUGCGGGGAUAUUUAAAACAGAAAAUACGCAAUUUGUGCAAUCAAUCGAGACAAAAACGAGAUUGAAUGGAAUUACUCUAAAAAAUGACUGGUCUAAAUUUGACAUUCCGUUAGAAUCUCUGAAGGAUCUAUCUGAAAUGACAAAAUUUUCAAGCGAUUCUUUAAAAGCAAGAUGUUCUAAGUACUGCACAGAACAGGUGAAAACUGGCGAAAGCGAUUCUGUUGUUAAAGACAUCAAUGCAGAAAAGGACUUUAAUAAAAUAUUAGCUGAAGACACACAAAAAAUUAAAGCAAUGAAUAUAAGUAAAAAAACUGAAGAGUUUAUUUUAAGAAAAGAUGUUCCCGAGAAUAUUGGCAACAAUCAAACCAAUAUAUAUACAAUACCUGUAAUAAAUAAACCUAAAAUAAGAAGACCAAGGUUCGCUCAUGUAUUCGAGAGAUCGGCAGAAAUUAUGGAUGAAAAUAAAAGAAAUAAUGACGACGAAACAAUGGCAGAUGAUUUUUCUGAUAUAUUAUUGCCUUCGGUGGAGUCUACUGUAGCGAAAAACUUUAUCAAUUAUUCGAUUUUCUCUCUACGCGCACAUAAUAAUUCUUUAACGAGUUAUGGUGAUAUUAAAAUUCCACAAAAUGCAUCAAAGAAUAGCAAGGCAUUUAAUGGAAAAAUAUUAGCUUCAGAACAAAAAAUUCAAUCGCGAUCAUCGGAAAUUGCAUCAUUAAAUGAAGAUAUCGAUGGAAACGAUAUGAAAUUAUCUACUAGAGAUAAUGUAUUGCAAAUACAUACACAGGAUAGCAUUCAAGAUUUUUCAACGCAAUUUGCUAGAAAUAUUGGAGAUUCUUUUGAAAGAAGGAAAAUACUGCUAGAAAUUAAUGCCAAAAGUAACUUGAUUGCUGUACCAGGAACAACACACAGAAUACUAUUUGAUGUGACAAAUAACUGCGUGCUUCCAGUGAGAUACACAUAUCGAGCAAGAAGUUCAUCAUUUAGAAUAACCAACAUAAUACCAACUAACUUAUGGUUAUAUCCAGGACAGACAACUAAUGUAGCCGUGGAUAUCGUUGUACCAUUGGAUACUCAAGACACUGUCAAUACCCUCACAUUGUUUAUCUAUGGUACGGAAAUACCGGAAAAGACAGUACAUGUUUACGUUCAAAAUGCAAUUUCCAAGGUUGAUAAUGUAAAACCGACACUUGAUUAUACGUUCAAUAAUAAUUGUGCUGGUAAACUGGACAAAGAUCAUUGUGAAAAAACAUUUUGGAGUGUUGACAUCAGCGUUCAAGAUUCCGAUUCAGGUUUAAAACGCGUUAUAUCGAUUCCGAAUGGAGGACUAUAUCUACGAACUAAAUUUAUAAGCGGCACAAAAGACCGUGUCACAUUUUAUUACUUAUCAACGUGCUGCUCAACAACAGCUACUAUUACGGCAAUAGAUAUAUCAGACAAUGAGUAUUCUCGUAGCAUCGACGUCACAGUAUGGGACAAUCUAUCGCAAGGAGAGAUAGCAGCUAUCGUACUUGGAGCAUUAUUACUAAUAUUUUUUAUAAUAUUUCUUAUUAUUGCAAUAGUUUAUUGCGUUAGUAGAAGAAAUAGUCACGAUCUGUCUUACACACAAAGAUAUGGUACUAGACCGCCUGCUAGAUCCGAAAGAACAAGCUUCUAACAUGUUUAAUGAGAAAAUUAGCUAUCAUUAUCAUAAUAUCAACUAUAUCAUAAAAGUACAUUAAAUUUUAUAAUCUAAUAUUCAGUGUAUAUAUAAUGCAUUCAAUAAAUUUUUAUUGUAAAUA